GCGCCCACCCACUACCCAUCCCGAGCGAAUCCCGUGCCCCGCGCGAGACCGGCGUGGGCCUAUACGCCUCAUCUCCCUCCCUCCCUCCGCCGGGUUCCCCGACCUUUGUAAACCCUAAUCAAGUUCGCACCAAAUCGGUCGCACCUCAGCUCAAAAUCCGAAACGAUUCGAACAAUCAGAACGAAGAACGAUUCAGCUUCAGCUCCUGAAUCCAACAGCAAUGGAUCGCUCCCGCUCCAAGCGCGGCUACCACUACGACCAGGACUCCCCGCCUCCCCGCUCCAAGCAGCGCUUCGACCGCCGCAGCGGCGGCGGCGGCGGCGGUCAGAAUGCUAACUCGAGCUACCACCGCCGCGGCCCCCCCAGCGGCGGCGGUGGCUCCGACCGCCGCGCGUUCCUGCCUCCCGACGCCGCGCCGCCCCCGCCCCCGCCGCCUCCUCCCUCGACGGCUGCGGCGGGCGGCGGCGCUGGUCCCACCACCACCACCUCCUUCCGCAUCCUGUGCCCCGAGUGCAAGGCUUACGGUUUCCCACCUGGCUUCGUUGCCAAGGUCCGGGACGAGAGCGGCGCGUUCGUCACUGUGCACCCGCCCUUCGCGGGCGACUACGUCAGGAUCAUCGAGACGGUCGACGGCGCGAGGCGCGAGGCGGACGGCCGCCCGCCCAUGUUCUCCCCGGCCCAAGAGGCGCUCCUCAUGGUUCACCGCCGGAUCCUCGAGACCGACGCUGACGACGGCGACGAGGACGGCGAGUAUGGGCCCAGGGGCAAGGACCCCAGGGACAGGGGGAAGACCACCACACGACUCAUCGUGCCCAAGCUGCAUGUCGGAUGCCUGCUCGGCAAAGGCGGGAAGAUCAUAGAGCAAAUGAGGAUGGAGACCAAGACGCACAUCAGGAUCCUGCCGCGUGACCAGCACACACCGCGCUGCGUCUCCUUGUCCGAGGAGGUUGUACAGGUUGUUGGAGAUGGAAAUUGUGUUAAGAAGGCUGUAGCAAUAAUCACUGAUCGCCUAAAGGAAAGCUUACACCGUGAUCGUGGUCCCUUCCGUGGGCGAAUGAAUUCACCAGAGCCUCGAAUUUCUCAGGAAGAUGAAUAUUUGGGUGGUGUUCAACAGAUGCCUGCAUAUGAGGAACCUUUGGGACGACCUGAUCAGUUUAGGAACAACAUUAGCAUGGAGCCACCAGGAUAUGAGUUUGAUUCAAAUGGUGGCAAGGUCAUUGAACAUCCAGAUAUCCUGUACGAUGACAUCGUUUUUCGAAUCCUAUGCCCAAAUGACAAGGCUGACAGUUUAGUUGCAACACGUGAUGGAAUACUAGAGAUGCUACAGGCUGAUGUUGGUGUUGAUGUUAGGCUAUCUGAUAUUAUUGCUGGUUCUGAUGAAAGAGUAGUAAUCAUCACAUCCAGAGAGGGCCCAGACAAUGAGCUUUUCCCGGCUCAGGAAGCAGUGCUGCACAUUCAAACUCAUAUUGUAGACCUUGGCCCGGACAAGGAUAACAUUAUCACAACAAGACUACUUGUACCUUCAAGUGAAAUUGCUUGCUUUGAUGGAAGGGAGGGGUCAUUAUCUGAUAUACAGAGACAGACUAGUGCAAACGUGCAGAUAUUACCAAGAGAAGAUCUUCCAUCAUGCGCUUUAGAGUCUGAUGAAAUCAUACAGAUUGUUGGAGAGAUUAGAGCUGCUCGGAAUGCUCUGAUACAAGUAACAACAAAAUUAAGGAGUUUUCUAUACCGUGAGAUGUCUGGUCCUAUCCAAGUUGGCAAUAUCAAUGUACAUGGAGCCAUUUCUCCAGUAGCAGGUUCACCUCGAGGACCAUACCAGGGAAAUGAUAUUCCAAUGGGUGCUUAUCACCAAGCAUCACAACUGGCAACUUCAUGGCAUUCAAAGGAUAGUGGAGGCAGUGCAAGUGGCUCAUUUGAGCAAGGCAGCAGCAUUAAUGAUGAUAUCAGGCAAAAUACUACAAAAAGAUUUGCUGUUCCUCUAGUGACUAGGAGCACACUAGAAGUUGUCAUACCAAACAGUGCUGUUGCAAGCCUCACCAUGAGAGCUGGUAGCAAGCUUGCUCAAAUAAGCGAGAUCUCUGGUGCUACUGUAACGCUAGCUGAAGACAGACCUGACAUCUUGGAGAAAGUUGUUCGAAUAUCUGGUACCCCUGAGCAGGCUAGCAAAGCUGAGAAUUUGCUUCAGGGAUUUAUUCUUAGCAUUCCAGAUGACAUUCCUUCGGCCUAGUUGAAGACACUCUGCAUGUCAUAGUUAAUUCUUAAAAGUUCCUGUGUAUUUUCGAGGUAGAAUAUGCCGAGUCAUGUGAUUAUUUGUUUAAUUGAGCAGCAUGUUUUCAUGUGUGGAGACAUGCCAUUUUCUUUCUAGAUGUGACUCUAAAAUGUCUGUUGUUUUUGUUAACUGUGGCUGACGGGGGUGUAAGAUUAGCAAGUGUUUUUAUAGAUUGAUUCAACAUUCAAUUUUCAUGUCCAUAGAUGACCGCAGAACAUGAAACCUCCAACUUUGUAGUUAACUAAUUCUCAAAUUUGGUCC